AUGUUAAGAAUUAAAAAUCAUUCAAAUAAGUUAUCGUGGCGUCACGUAACCGCAAACCGAUAUAUAUCAUCAUCAACAUCUAUUCCACCACCACCACCACCACCAGUUACCCUUGGAGGUAUUGAUUCCGAUCUUUCCAUCGUUAACCAUAAGGAGAUAGAUCGUUUACUUUCCGAAUUGGGACCUUUCCCCUCGUAUCUGAGCAUCUUAAACCAAAGACAUUUUUAUCAAAAUGAAAUCUUAAUAAAUUAUUCCAAGAGAGAUCCUCAUCCAGUAUCCUUAAGACAACUUGCCGGUUAUGGUAAGAGAUUAACCAAGCAAAAGAUUUUGGCCAGUGCCAACUUUGUCCGGAUGGAAUUACCCAUCCGGUUAUCGAUGAGAAUCAGAGACUUACAAACGUUACCCUUUGGAAUGGUUAACAAUUUCCAUAUGACUCAGAUCUAUGAAUCCUAUUAUCAUCUGUUCAAUGCCUUUAGAAAGAUUCAGCCAAUCACCACUACUCAGCAGAAUGACCAAUUUUGUGAGACGUUACUGACUUUAUUGGAUGACCAUGUGUUUAAUUUACCCCAUCUUAUGAUGGGAGCUCUUGAAGUGAGUAUACUCUCGAAUAAAUCCAAUGAUGGUGGUCAGGAUCCCCACGAUUUGGACAAGUUUAUGAGUGUCAUGCUUCGUCUGAGACUUUCAAGAAGAGUCAUUGUGGAAGAACAUUUGCUGUUGACUGAAAAUUAUAAACUGCUGCCCAAUUUUGAUAAGCCUGCAGACUUCAUUGGGGAGAUCUUUGCCCAAUGUAACGCUCAACAACAUUUACAACAAGUAGCCCAUACCGUUAGAGAGAGUAUGAAGCCAAUAUGGCCAGACGUGGAGACCAUGCCUGCAGUAGAAAUAGAUGGCGAUGUCAACACAACAUUCCCCUUUAUGAUCCCUCAUCUUCAUUAUCUCUUUGGAGAAAUCCUCAGAAAUUCUUAUCAAGCCACCAUAUUGAAGGCCAAGGAAGGACAUAAUGACUCAUCUAACUCGGAAUUACAACAAGCUCUGUCCCAAUCGGGUAAACUCCCACCAAUCCGUAUCACUGUUGUUAAUUCUCCUCAUGAAAUCACAUUCAGAAUCUCAGAUCAAGGUGGAGGAAUCCCACAUGAACACUUAUCAAACAUUUUCUCAUUUGCAAAAUCUCCAAAUCUUGCUAAACAAUCACUUGCCAAUUUCCAUCGUAUCCCUGGUCUUCAACUUCAUCACAACUUGAAAGUCACUCCAGCUGGAUCAUCCAUUGUUGAUCCUUCUGCUGCUGCUUCACAAGAAGCUCUCUUCUCUCAGACUUCCCUUCUGGACCAUUCUGAUAAACUGACAUCUUCUAAGCAAUCGACACUUUCUUCAUUGGUUGGACGUGCUCAUGAACACAAGUUCGGUUUGGGUCUCCCCAUGUGUCGUGUGUACGCUGAUUAUUGGAAUGGUAAUCUCCUGAUGGAUCUGUUGGAAGGUUAUGGAACGGACACUUGUCUUACAUUGAAGAAAUUGGGAUAUCAUUCUAAUGUCCUUCAAUUGGAUAGAGCUUAG